AUGCUGUAUAGGUCCUAUAUUCGAGCAGAUGAGUUGCUGACAUUUCAGUUGACUGUGCUUGACUACAAGGAGACCAAGCUUUUCUAUCUUCAGUAUAUGCCACAGGGUCUUCUCACUAGGGAGACAGACUUGUCACUUCAAUACAUUACGGAUUGGUUGAGCAUAGCAUUCAUAAUGCGUAAUGAGCUGGAACGGCGCCGGAAUGGAAUCCGAUCGUUCGGUGGGGGAAAUCGUGUCACAGCUACCGAUUUGAGUAUCACACCACUUCAUGCCACACAUCGUAAAUCAUUUGCGAAAGAACAGGUGAGUUUUCCGAGGAAAAUCUAG